AUGAUCGUGUCUGGUACCUUCGGGCAAACAACUGUUCCAAUCGUUCACGACAUUCCACAAAUCAAUACUAUCUAUGUUUUUAGUCAAAACCAAGCUGAACAUGAAGGUUGGGUCAAAGUCUGGCCCAAAAUAAAAGGAGUCUUUACAGAUAUUGCUCCUAUCUGUAAAGAUCUUCAAGAAGCAGCGCAGGAAUAUGAUCAAAACAUGAUAUCGAUCAGUUUUAUAGCCACAUGUAGUGAAAACAACAAGCGAAAUCUCGAUCAAUUGGAUUCAUCGUUUAUGUAUACACAAAUAAUGAAGGAAAUUCUAUUAACUAUCGAUUUCAAACAACACCAUAUCAAUGAAUUCAGUACAUUUUGUCGUCAAUUACUUGCCGCAAAUCCGAAAGAACUUCAAAAUCUCGACAAAUUCGAACGAGAAUAUCGCGAACAUGUUCCGAUAUGGUGGUACACGUACCCAUGCUUUCUUUAUUCUAUGCUGAAUCGAUCAUUACGAAUGAUGGAAGUAGAUCUUAUCAUAAGAAUGGGAUUUUUCAUUCGUGAUCUCCAUAGUCAUAUUGCCAAACUUCAUGUUCAACAAUUUGCUAGACAACCAACCUCGAAUUCAUUUACUGUUUAUCGUGGUCAAGGACUGUCAAUGGUCGAGUUUGAUCAAUUGACCAAAAUCAGAGGUGGACUUUUAUCAUUUAAUAAUUUUGUAUCCACUAGUAAGGACCGUCAAGUUUCACUCAGAUUUAUUCAUAAAACUAUUCAAACAUCUGAUCUUGUUGGCAUCUUAUUCGUUAUGAAAAUUGAUCCAUCCAUCCCGUCAGCACCAUUUGCUGACAUCCAUGAUGUCAGUCAUUUUAAAGCAGAAAAAGAAAUUCUCCUCUCUAUGCAUUCCAUAUUUCGUAUUGGAUUAAUGAAACAAAUAGAUGAAAAUAACCGACUUUGGCAAGUCGAUUUAACAUUAACUAGUGACAACGAUCCAGAACUUCAUGUUCUUACUGAACAAAUGCGCAAAGAGGUUCAUCCUCAUCUCGAAGGAUGGAGUCGUUUAAGUAUGUUGUUAAUUAAACUGGGACAGUUCGAUAAAGCCCAAGACGUAUGUAAUAUCCUACUUGGCGAAACAACAACGGGUCAAGAAAAAGCAACUAUUUAUAAUAUGCUCGGGGAGAUCAAGUACGGUCUAGGUGAAUAUACAAAUGCUACUACUUAUUAUCAACGAUCCAUUGAAAUCAAACAGAAGAUUCCUUCACCAACGGAUAUUGAUUUGAGUCUUACCUACAACAACGUUGGUAUGGUGUACAGCAAAAUAGGUGACUAUUCGAAUGCCCUUUCAUAUUGUCAAAAAGCACUGGAAAUUCGCCAAAAAUAUUUUCCUUCAAAUGAUCCUCACUUGGCCGAUUCCUAUAACAACAUUGGUUCGCUAUAUUCCCAAAUGGGUGACAAUUCAAAUGCACUUUCAUAUUAUCAAAAAGCACUGGAAAUUAUCCGAAAAACUCUUCCUUCAAAUCACCCUCACUUGGCUAUUUCUUACAAUAGCAUAGGUUCAGUGUACGAUAACAUGGGUGACUACUCGAAUGCACUUUCAUAUUAUCAAAAAGUACUGGAAAUUGCCCAAAAAACUCUUCCUUCAAAUCAUCCCUUUUUGGCCACUGCUUACAACAACAUCGGUUUAGUGUAUAACAACAUGGGUGACUAUCUUAAUGCACUUUCAUCUCUUCAAAAAGCACUGGAAAUACGCAAGAAGAGUCUUCCAUCAAGUCAUCCGGAUUUAGCUAAUUGUUAUGAGAGCAUUGCUUCGGUAUAUAACAACAUAGGUGACUAUUCAAACGCACUUUCAUUUCAUCAGAAAGCACUAGAAAUUCAACAAAAAACUCUUCCUUCAAAUCAUUCUCAAUUGGCUAAUUCCUACAAUAACAUUGGUUUGGUGUAUUUCAACAUAGGUGAUUAUUCGAAAGCACUUUCAUCUCAUCAAAAAGCACUGGACCUUUGGAAGAAAACUCUUCCUUCGAAUCAUUCCUAUUUGGCCGCUGCUUACAAUAACAUCGGUUUAGUGUAUAUCAACAUGGGUGACUAUUCGAAUGCACUUUCAUCUCUUCAAAAAGCACUGGAAAUCUUGCAAAAAACUCUGCCUUCAAAUCAUCCUUAUUUGGCUCGAUCUUACAACAACAUGGGUUCGGUGUAUAACAAGAUGGGUGACUAUUCGGAUGCGCUUUCAUCUCAUCAAAAAGCACUAGAAAUUCAACAAAAAACUCUUCCUUCAAAUCAUCCUCAUUUGGGUACUUCUUACAAUAACAUUGGUUUGGUGUAUGAUAACAUGGGUGACUAUUCGAAAGCACUUUCAUUUUAUGAACGAGCACUGAGUAUUUUACAACGUUCUGUGCCGGCAAAUCAUCCCAAUCUUGUAGGUUUGCGAAAGAAUCUUGACUGUGCUAAAAGAAAAUGCAAUUGA